AGAUGCGAUCGUCCUCGUGACGGAGCUCCACUGGCACUGAGAGCGGGAGCGCUCGUGUCAGAGACUGACAGCAGCGGCAGUGGGCUUGCCCGCUCUCCCCUAUAUGGCUGUGGAUGGAGCGAUAUGCUAAUAUCGGCAGGACAGGAGAAGCACCGCUCCGCUGCCUGCUGUCAGUGGUGGCUUUCGGAGUCUAGGCAGGCUCUUCUACAGCCAUGGCCGAAGGUGGUGAAGGGGAAGAUGAGGUUCAGUUCUUACGAACUGAUGAUGAGGUGGUACUGCAGUGUGUCGCCGCCAUUCAGAAGGAGAAUUGCAAAUUCUGCCUAUCAGCAGAGGGACUCGGCAACCGCCUGUGUUAUCUAGAGCCCACAUCAGAGGCGAAGUACUUUCCUCCUGACCUAUGCAUCUGUAACUUUGUGCUGGAGCAGUCGCUCUCAGUGCGGGCUCUACAGGAGAUGCUCGCCGGGCAGAACGGUGAAGGAAAUCCUGAUCAUGAGCAUUGGGCAGCACAGGGAGGUGGACAUCGGACACUGCUUUACGGUCACGCCAUCCUCCUUAGGCAUUCCUUCAGUGGAAUGUAUCUGACUUGCCUGAAGACUUCCAGGUCUCUGACAGACAAACUUUCUUUUGAUGUUGGCCUUCAAGAGGAUUCAACUGGGGAAGCUUGUUGGUGGACAAUUCACCCGGCAUCCAAGCAGCGGUCAGAGGGUGAGAAGGUGCGCAUUGGAGAUGACCUCAUCUUGGUCAGCGUAUCCUCUGAGAGGUACCUGCACCUCUCCAUCUCCAAUGGAAGCAUACAAGUGGAUGCCUCAUUCAUGCAAACACUGUGGAACGUUCAGCCUACCUGCUCCAGAAGCAAUUUGGAAGUGGGAUUUCUUUUGGGUGGUCAUGUGAUACGGUUGUUCCGUGGCCACGACGAGAGUCUCACCAUACCAGGAUCCGAGCAAAGCCAAGAGCAACAGAGAGUGGUGAACUAUGAGACCGGCAAAGGAGGGUCCAAGGCCAGGUCUUUGUGGAGACUGGAGCCUCUUCGAAUAAGCUGGAGCGGGAGUCACAUCAGAUGGGGUCAGCCCUUCCGCCUCCGCCAUCUCUCCACCGGCUACUAUCUGGGCCAGACAGAGGACCAGGGCCUGAUACUGCUGGACAGAGAGAAGUCUGACACCACUGCAACAGCCUUCUGUUUCCGGUCAAGCAAGGAAAAGAUUGACUCCGGCCCAAAGCGUGAUAUUGAUGGUAUGGGGGUCGCAGAGAUCAAAUACGGCGAUUCGGUCUGCUUCAUCAUGCAUGUGUCCACGGGCCUGUGGUUGUCCUACCUGGCGCCUGAUGCCAAAACUUCUCGCCUGGGACCACUGAAGAGAAGGGCUGUCCUGUCUCCUGAGGGCCAUAUGGAUGACGGGCUGACUCUGCAGCUUUGCCAGCACGAGGAGUCCCGGGCGGCUCGCAUCAUUCGUAAUACCACCCGCCUCUUCACUCAGUUCAUCAGAGGUCUGGAUGGUUUGAAUGGGGAGAAAACAACAGAGGUGACACUGCCUGUGUGUGAAGUGCUGCAGACACUCGAUGACCUCAUUGUGUACUUCCAGCAGCCUGACUCUGAACUCGAACAUGAGGAGAAACAGAGGCAGCUCCGAUCUCUCAUCAAGCGCCAAGAUCUCUUCAAAGAAGAGGGAAUGCUAACCCUGGUCUCGCACUGCAUCGAUCGCCUAAAUGUGUACAACAGUGCCGCUGAGUUUGAGGAGUUAGCAGGCGAAGAGGCCGGAGAGGCGUGGAAGGACAUUCUCAACCUCCUCUAUGAGCUUCUGGCCGCUCUGAUUCGAGGCAACAGGACCAACUGCACACAGUUCUCUCGCAAGCUGGAUUGGCUAGUCAGCAAGCUAGAGCGACUGGAGUCCUCAUCAGGCAUUUUAGAGGUGCUUCAUUGUAUCCUAAUCGAGAGUCCAGAAUCUCUGAACAUCAUCCAGAAGGCCCACAUCAAAUCUAUUAUUUCUCUGCUGUACAAGCAUGGACGCAACCACAAGAUUCUAGAUGUUCUCUGUUCCCUGUGUGUCUGCAAUGGUGUGGCUGUGAGAGCCAAUCAGAAUUUCAUCUGUGACCACCUGCUUCCCAGGAGAGACCUUCUGCUCCAGACACGAUUGAUCAAUGAUGUCCAAAGUAUAAGACCCAACAUCUUCCUGGGCAUUAGUGAGGGCUCGGCACAGUAUAAGAAAUGGUACUUUGAGCUGAUCAUUGAUCAAGUAGACCACUAUGUGACCAAUGAGCCCACCCACCUUCGUGUUGGCUGGGCCACCACCAAAGGCUACGCCCCCUAUCCUGGGGGUGGAGAGGGCUGGGGAGGAAAUGGUGUGGGUGAUGAUCUUUACUCCUAUGGUUUUGAUGGACUUCAUCUGUGGUCAGGGCGAAUCCCACGGGCCGUGGCCUCUAUUAACCAGCACUUGCUGAAUUCAGAUGAUGUUGUGAGCUGUUGUCUUGAUCUCGGAGCCCCUAGCAUGUCUUUCCGUAUUAACGGUCAGCCUGUUCAAGGCAUGUUUGAAGACUUCAACAUAGAUGGCUUCUUCUUUCCCGUCAUCAGUUUCUCUGCAGGGGUCAAGGUCCGUUUUUUGUUGGGUGGUCGCCAUGGAGACUUUAAGUUCCUGCCUCCAGCAGGCUAUGCGCCAUGUUAUGAAGCCCUGCUUCCCAAAGAAAAUAUGCGUGUGGAGCCUGUGAAGGAGUAUAAAAGAGACCUGGAGGGAGUAAGAGAUAUGCUGGGCACCACAGAGUUCCUGUCCCAGGCUUCCUUCAUUCCUGUUCCUGUUGACACCAGCCAGAUUGUCCUGCCUCCGCAUCUGGAAAAUGUGCGGGACAAGUUAGCUGAGAACAUCCAUGAGCUCUGGGGCAUGAACAAAAUAGAGCUUGGCUGGAUGUAUGGCAAGGUCCGAGAUGACAACAAGAGACAGCACCCUUGUCUUGUUGACUUCUCUAAACUGCCAGAAACAGAAAAGAAUUAUAACCUGCAAAUGUCAACUGAAACUUUGAAGACCCUGCUUGCUUUGGGAUGCCAUGUUGCACAAGUCAAUAUGAAUGCUGAAGACGACCUGAAAAAAACGAAACUCCCCAAGAACUACAUGAUGGCAAAUGGUUACAAACCUACACCACUGGACCUCUCUGAUGUGAAAUUGACACCUGGUCAAGAGGUUCUAGUUGAUAAAAUGGCUGAAAAUGCUCAUAAUGUUUGGGCUAAAGAUCGCAUAAAACAAGGAUGGACCUAUGGUAUUCAGCAGGAUUUGAAAAACCGUCGUAAUCCUCGUCUGGUGCCAUAUGCUUUAUUAGACGAACGCACUAAGAAAUCAAACAGAGACAGUCUUCGAGAGGCCAUCCGUACUCUGGUUGGAUAUGGAUAUUUCAUAGACCCACCUGAUCAAGAGACUGCUCACACAGAGAAGGAAGGCAUUGAAUCCUUCCGUCUCUUCCGUGUGGAGAAGACCUACGCUGUGAAGACAGGGAAGUGGUAUUUUGAGUUUGAGGCGCUUACUGGAGGUGACAUGCGGGUGGGCUGGGCACGGCCCGGAUGCAGACCUGAUAAAGAACUAGGACUAGAUGACCAGUCCUUCGUCUUUGAUGGCUACAGGGGCCGCCGGGUUCAUAUGGGCAGUCAUUUCUUUGGGAGGACGUGGAAUAAAGGAGAUGUGGUGGGCUGCAUGAUCAACAUGGAGGACAAAUCCAUGAUAUUCACCCUGAAUGGAGAGAUCUUAAUCACCAACAAGGGCUCUGAGCUCUGCUUUGCCGACUUUGAAACUGAAGAUGGAUUCAUCCCAGUGUGCAGCCUGGGUCUUUCCCAAAUUGGCCGCAUGAAUUUAGGAAAAGACGCUAGUUCUUUUAAGUACUACACUAUGUGUGGCCUUCAGGAGGGCUUUGAACCCUUUGCUGUCAACAUGAAUCGAGAGAUCACCAUGUGGUUCAGCAAACGCCUGCCUACAUUUGUUAAUGUACCAGAGGACCAUCCCCAUAUUGAGGUUACUAGAAUAGAUGGGACUGUGGACACACCUCCAUGUCUAAAGGUAACACACAAGACAUAUGGGACCCAGACCAGCAAUGAUGACAUGGUCUGUUGUCGUCUAAGCAUGCCUGUUGAGUUCCACUCUGGCCCUUGGAAGACAACUGAUAUCAAUGAGGUGAUCGCUGAGGACCAAAGAGCCAAGAAGGAUGAUGGAGGCAAGAUUGAUUAUGGCAGCAUUACAAAGCACUUCUACUCUGUGAGAGUGUUUGCUGGACAAGAUCCAUCGUCUGUUUGGGUGGGCUGGGUGACACCAGACUACCACUACUACAGCAAAUACUUCAGCCUCAGCACAGUUCGCACCGUCACUGUAACACUGGGAGAUGAGCGGGGACGUGUUCACGAGAGUGUGAGGAGGAGUAAUUGUUACAUGGUCUGCGCUGGUGAUGUUGUCAGCGGCUCCACAGGCCGUAGUAACACUGAUCUGGAGAUUGGGUGCUGCAUAGACCUGGCCUCAGGCCUGGUGUCUUUCACUGCCAAUGGCAGAAAUCUGCCUACUGCAUACCAGGUUGAGCCUAACACUAAGCUCUUCCCUGCUGUGUUUGUUCAACCCACGAGUCCCAACCUCUUCCAGUUUGAGUUUCCAAAAAUCCCAGAUGCAAUGCCCCUGUGUUCAGCCAUCUUUAAGAGUUUACAAAGAAACCCAGAGCCCCAGUGUCCUCCUCGGCUGGAUGUGCAGACACUUGUGUCUGUGCUGUGGAGCAGAAUGCCCAACACCUUCCUGUCGGUGGAGACGGCCCGUGUGAGUGAGCGGCAUGGCUGGGUGGUGCAAUGUCUAGAGCCCUUGCAGAUGAUGGCUGUUCAUAUACCAGAGGAGAACAGGUGUAUCGACAUCAUGGAACUAUCAGAAAAUGAAGAUCUACGGCAGUUCCACUAUCACACUUUAAAGCUCUUCUGUGCCCUAUGCGCCCUGGGCAACACCCGUGUUGCACACGCCCUCUGUAGCCAUCUUGACCAAUCACAGCUCUUAUACACCAUUGAUAAUCAGUACCUGUCUGGUCAACUGCGUGAAGGCUUUUACAAUGUCCUCAUCAGCAUUCACCUGGAGACGGCCAAAGAGGCCCAUUUCAUGAUGAACAAUGAGUUUAUAAUCCCAGUAACGGACGAGACGAGGAGCAUCCGCCUCUUCCCUGACGACUCUAAGCGUCACUCUCUUCCUGGCGUAGGCUUGAGCACUUCACUUGCCCCUAGUUUCAACUUCACCCCUCCAUGUUUCAUUACCCUCAAGCGCGAUCAGCCUCUCCUCAGCCCGCAGAUCCCCCUGGGUAUCCUCAAGGAGAAAGCCAUCAGCAUGCUUACGGAAGCCGUGCAGGGCGGAGGCGCCCACAUUCGAGAUCCUGUGGGCGGAAGCGUUGAGUAUCAGUUUGUGCCGAUUCUCAAGCUUAUUGGCACCCUGUUGAUAAUGGGGGCGCUGACCAGCGAGGAGGUGAGGACCAUCCUGCUUCUCAUUGACCCCAGUGUGUUUGGGGACCGUAAGGAGGAGGAACAGACAGCAGUGGCAGAACAGGGAGCCGAGAAAGAGGAAGCCACCAGUAAUGAAGAGAAGGCUGUGGAGGCUGGGGAGGAAGAGAGUAAAGAGGCCAAGCAGCCUCCUAAAGGUCUACUGGAGAAAAGCUUGCCUGAAUCAGUCAAACGGCAGAUGUGUGAACUGCUGCACUAUUUCUGUGACUGUGAGCUGAAGCAGCGCAUUGAGGCUAUAGUGGCCUUCUCAGAUGAUUUUGUGUCCAAGCUGCAAUACAAUCAAAAGUUCCGCUACAACGAGUUGAUGCAAGCCCUCAACAUGUCAGCUGCUGUCACUGCCAAGAAGACAAGAGAGUUUCGUUCACCUCCCCAAGAGCAGAUAAAUAUGUUGUUGAACUUCAGUGCUGGUGAUGAUUGCACCUGCCCUGAGGAGCUGCAAGAGGAGCUUCAAAACUUCCAUGAUGACCUGCGACUGCAUUGUGGCAUCCCUAUGGAGGAGGAAGAGGAGGAGCAGGACACAUCUCUUAAAGGCCGCCUAAUGUCCCUGGUAUACAAGAUUAAAGGUCGUCCCCAAAAAACUGAGGAAAAACCAACUGAGCAAGAACAGGCUGCUCCUACUAACUUGAAGGAGCUGAUAUCACAGACUAUGGUCACAUGGGCUCAGGAGUGCAAGAUCCAAGACCCAGAACUGGUCCGCAGCAUGUUCAGCCUUUUGAGAAGGCAGUAUGAUGGCAUCGGUGAGCUGCUCAGGGCCUUGAGGAAGAGCUACACUGUCAGUGCCAAGUCUGUAGGGGACGCGAUCAACCUGCUGGCCUCACUGGGCCAGAUCCGUUCACUACUUAGCGUCCGCAUGGGGGAAGAGGAGGGCCAGCUCAUGAUCGAUGGCCUGGGGGACAUCAUGAACAACAAAGUGUUUUACCAGCAUCCAAAUCUGAUGCGUGUUCUUGGCAUGCAUGAGACAGUAAUGGAGGUCAUGGUCAAUGUGCUGGGAGGAGACAAGAAUAAGGAGAUUGCCUUCCCCAAGAUGGUGGCCAGCUGUUGUCGCUUCCUGUGCUACUUCUGUCGCAUCAGCCGUCAGAACCAGAAGGCUAUGUUUGACCACCUGAGCUACCUCCUGGAGAACAGCAGUGUGGGGCUGGCAUGCCCAACCAUGAGAGGCUCCACACCUUUAGAUGUGGCUGCCUCCUCUGUAAUGGACAACAACAGUUUAGCCCUGGCACUUGAAGAACCUGAUCUUGAGAAGGUGGUGACAUAUCUGGCAGGCUGUGGCUUACAGAACUGCUCAAUGCUCAUUGCCAGGGGAUACCCAGAUAUCGGCUGGAACCCAAUAGAAGGAGAACGCUAUUUGUCCUUCCUACGGUUUGCUGUCUUUGUCAAUGGUGAAAGUGUUGAAGAGAACGCAAAUGUAGUGGUGAAGCUUUUGAUCAGGCGUCCGGAGUGCUUUGGACCUGCUCUCAGAGGAGAGGGAGGGCAAGGUUUACUCGCUGCCAUGAAGGAAGCCAUCAAAAUCUCAGAAGAUCCUGCUUUAGAUCUGCCUAAUUUACCCGAGGGGGCUGCACCCACCGUUGGAGAGCAUGAAGAGGAGGAGGAGGUUGCCCACAUGGGCAACUCUAUUAUGUCCUUCUACUCAGCCCUUAUUGAUCUUUUGGGUCGCUGUGCACCUGAGAUGCAUCUUAUAAACAAAGGCAAAGGUGAAGCACUGCGUAUCCGUGCCAUCCUCCGUUCCUUAGUUCCCACUAAUGAUUUGGUUGGAAUUAUCAGUAUUCCACUCAAAAUACCGGUCGUCAAUAAAGAUGGCACUGUGACAGAGCCAGAUAUGAAUGCCAGCUUCUGUCCGGAGCACAAGGCUCCCAUGGUGCUUUUCCUGGACCGUGUCUAUGGUAUUGACGACCAAAGCUUCUUGAUGCACCUGCUGGAGGUGGGCUUCCUGCCAGACCUGCGAGCAUCAGCCUCCCUGGACUCGGAGGUGCUCAGAUCCACAGAGACAGCCCUGGCCAUGAACCGCUACAUUGGAUCUGCAGUGCUUCCUCUAUUGACCCGCUGUGCUCAUCUGUUCGCUCACACUGAGCACUAUGCAAUGCUCGUUGACUCCACGUUGCACACUAUCUAUCGCCUCUCAAAGGGCCGAUCACUCACCAAGGCCCAGAGAGAUGCUAUUGAUGAAUGUCUACUGGCCAUCUGCAUGCAUCUGCGGCCAUCAAUGCUACAGCAGCUGUUGCGUCGUCUUGUAUUUGAUGUCCCACAGCUUACAGAGUACUGCAAGAUGCCCAUUAAGCUUUUAACCAAUCACUAUGAGCAGAACUGGAAGUACUACUGUCUGCCAACAGGCCUUGGCAGCUAUGGAAUGGCAUCAGAGGAGGAACUCCACCUCACCAAGAAACUCUUCUGGGGACUUUUUGAUGCUCUUUCUCAAAAGAAAUAUGAUGCAGAGCUUUUCAAAAUGGCCAUGCCGUGUCUGAGUGCCAUAGCUGGUGCCAUACCACCUGACUACGUGGACUCCAGUCCAGGUUCCACAUUAGUUAAGCAGGCCUCUGUGGAUGCGCAAGGCAACUUCGACCCCGUGCCUAUUAACACUGCUAACAUCUCGCUGCCUGAAAAGCUAGAUUACAUUGCAAGCAAGUUUGCUGACCAUACCCAUGAGAAAUGGUCCUCUGAGAAGAUCGCUCUUGGCUGGACUGUGGGAGAUAAAGUAGAUGACAAAGCUAAAACUCAUCCACUUCUGAAACCGUACAAAGCACUGAGUGAAAAGGAAAGGGAGACUUACCGCUAUCCUGUGAAAGACACUCUAAAGACCAUGUUGGCAAUGGGAUGGAACAUUGAGAGGACCAAAGAAGGAGAGGCCAUGUUCCAGCAAAGGGAAACAGAGAAACAGCGCAAGAUAUCAGAGUCCUCACAGGGUGAGUUUAUUCCAGCCCCACAAGAUUUGGAAAAUGUUAUUCUAUCAAGAGAACUACAGGCGAUGGUUGAAACAGUUGCAGAAAAUUACCACAACAUUUGGGCAAAGAAGAAGAAAAAGGAACUUGACAGUAAAGGAGGAGGAAGUCAUCCAUUGUUGGUACCAUACGACACGCUGACAGCAAAGGAGAAGUACAGAGAUCGAGAGAAGGCCCAGGAACUCUUUAAAUUCCUGCAGGUCAAUGGAUACGCCAUCAGCAGAGGUCAGAAGGACAUGGAGCAGGAUUCCUCUUCUAUGGAAAAGAGGAUCGCCUAUAAGUUCCUCAAGAGGCUUUUGAAUUAUGUAGAUUCUGCACAGGAGUUUAUCGCUCAUCUUGAGGCUAUGGCUACCAGUGGGAAGACAGAAAAAUCUCCCCAUGAUCAAGAAAUCAAGUUUUUUGCUAAGGUUCUGCUGCCCCUCAUAGACCAGUACUUCAAAAACCACUGUUUGUACUUCCUGUCAUCCCCCAACAUCAGCCUGAGCAGCAGUGGCUAUGCAUCCAACAAAGAGAAGGAGAUGAUCACCAGUCUAUUCUAUAAGCUGGCAGCCCUUGUCAGACAUAGAAUAUCACUCUUUGGAAGUGACUCCACCACCAUGGUGAGCUGCUUGCACAUCCUGUCACGCUCACUGGACUUGAGGACUGUGAUGAAGUCUGGCUCAGAGCUGGUGAAGGCUGGUGUCAGGACGUUCUUCGAGAAUGCAGCAGAAGACCUGGAGAAGACUCUGGAGAACUUAAAGCUGGGGAAGUUGGGUCAGUCACGCACCCAGAUGAAGGGUGUUACCCACAUCAUCAGCUACACCUCAGCGGCCCUGCUGCCCAUCCUGACGGUUCUUUUUCAGCAUAUCACCCAACACCAGUUUGGAGCGGAGCUGCUUUUGGAUGACAUUCAGCUGUCCUGCUACCGCAUCCUGACCAGCCUCUACUCUUUGGGCACUGGCAAGAACAUCUAUGUGGAAAAACAGCUUCCAGUGCUGGGUGAAUGUUUAUCUAGUCUGGUUGGAGCCAUGCCUGUUGCAUUCCUGGAACCCCACCUAAAUAUGCACAAUCCCCAAUCUGUCUUCAACACCAAGACACCAAGAGAACGAGCUAUUUUGAGCAUGCCAGACACUGUGGAUGAGAUGUGUCCUGAGAUGCCGCAUCUGGACGGCCUGAUGAAGGACAUUGGUGACAUUUCGGAAUCCGGAGCACGCUACACAGAGAUGCCACAGGUCAUCGAGGUCAUCCUGCCCAUGUUGUGUAACUACCUGUCUUACUGGUGGGCAAAAGGCCCAGAAAGCUCCCCAGCUAAUUCCAAAUGCAGCACAACUGUCACAUCUGAGCAUCUCAGUCUAAUUCUGGGAAAUAUCCUUAAGAUUCUCAAUAACAACCUUGGCAUUGACAAUGCCCCGUGGAUGAAAAGACUUGCAGUAUACACCCAGCCUAUCAUUAGCAAGGCUAGCUCAGAUCUUCUUAGAACGCACUUCCUGCCGACACUGGAGAAACUGAAGAAGAAGACAGUGAAGAUAGUGGCUGAGGAGGAGCUGCUGAGGUCUGAAAGCAGGGCAGACACUCAGGAAGCUGAACUGCAGAUUCUGGAUGAGUUUGCUGUUCUCUGCAGGGAUCUGUAUGCCUUCUAUCCAAUGCUCAUUCGUUAUGUGGACAACAACAGAUCCAAAUGGCUGAAGAAACCAGAUUCAGAUUCAACUGAACUUUUCAAAAUGGUGUCAGAGAUUUUCAUCCUUUGGUGUAAAUCUCAUAACUUUAAAAGGGAAGAGCAAAAUUUUGUGGUGCAAAAUGAAAUUAACAACCUGGCAUUUCUUACUGGAGACAGCAAGACGAAGAUGUCAAAAUCUGGAGGUCAGGACCAAGAGAGAAGAGGAAAAAGGAGAAGAGGAGAGUUGUACUCCAUCCAGACUUCCCUUAUCGUAGCAGCUCACAAGAAGAUGUUGCCCAUUGGUCUGAACAUGUGCACUCCUGGAGACCAGGAACUCAUUUCCCUUGCCAAGAUCCGUUACAGUCUGAAAGACACAGAUGAUGAGGUUAAGGAUUACCUGAGAAAGAACCUCCAUCUUCAGGAGAAGUCAGCAGAUCCAGCAGUGCAGUGGCAGCUGAACCUCUACAAAGAUGUUGUGGUGAAGAAUGAGGGACCUCCAGACCCAGAGCAAAACGUGGAGAGAGUUCAGGCCAUCUCUGCUGCUGUCUACCACCUUGAUCAGAUUGAGCAGCCGCUGAGGAACAAGAAGAUGGUGUUUCAAAAGCUGCUGUCAAAGCAAAGAAAGCGUGCCGUGGUUGCCUGUUUCCGCAUGGCACCACUCUACAACUUACCAAGGCAUCGCUCAAUUAACCUCUACCUCAGUGGCUAUCAGAGACUUUGGAUAGAGACAGAGGAGUACUCCUUUGAGGAGAAGCUAGUGCAGGACCUGGCAGUAAGUACCGGGCGGGCAUCAGCGCUGCCCUGUGUGCUGUGUGUGCCCACUGGUGCCUUCUCGGCGGCCGAAUGCUCUGUGGCCAGCACCGUGCCCGCUAAGGUGCGGGAGCACGUCUCUGCCCGCCUCAUGUACUCAUCCUGGCCUGUGUUCAGCUCUGCUGGUUACGUGACACACUACCGACCGAGGCACAGCAGCCAAGGCAUGCAUGAGUUUCGGCUGAGCCUCAGUUCCCGCCAUCUCACUAGAAAAGCAGUCCGUUUCAGCGCAGCCGUGAAAACUCACAUGACUGUGGUAGAAGAAGAAGAGGAAGAAGAAGCUGAAGUUCAGCCAGACCCUCUUCAUCAGCUCAUCCUUCACUUCAGUCACAAUGCUCUGACAGAGAGAAGUUUCCUAGAAGAGGAUCCACUAUACAUUGCUUAUGCUGACAUGAUGGCAAAGAGCUGUGCCGAGAAUGAGGAAGAGGAAGAAGAGGGAAAAGAAAAAACGUUUGAGGAAAAAGAAAUGGAGAAGCAGAAGAUUCUUUACCAGCAGGCCAGACUUCACGCCCGAGGGGCUGCUGAGAUGGUGCUACAGAUGAUCAGUGCCAGUAAAGGCCGACUUGGUCCCAUGGUGACUGGCACCCUUAAACUGGGCAUUUCUAUCCUAAAUGGAGGCAACGUUCUUGUCCAGCAGAAAAUGCUGGAUUAUUUGAAGGAAAAACGAGAUGCAGGCUUUUUUAAAAGUUUAUCUGGACUAAUGAUGUCAUGCAGUGUGCUGGAUUUAAAUGCAUUUGAAAGGCAAAAUAAGGCAGAGAGUCUCGGAAUGGUGACUGAAGAGGGGUCAAUCAACAAGAGAGAGCGGGGUUCCAAAGUCCUACAAAAUGAUGACUUUACGAAGGAUCUAUUCAGGUUUUUGCAACUUCUGUGCGAGGGACACAAUAAUGAUUUCCAAAACUUCUUGCGGACACAGACCGGAAACACUACUACAGUCAACAUCAUCAUUAGCACUGUGGACUACUUGUUACGUCUACAGGAAUCUAUAAGUGAUUUUUACUGGUAUUACUCUGGGAAAGAUGUCAUGGACGAGGCUGGGCAACUUAACUUCUCCAAAGCUUUGGCAGUAGCCAAACAAAUCUUUAACUCACUCACUGAGUACAUUCAGGGCCCUUGUAUUGGGAAUCAGCAAAGUUUGGCACACAGCAGGUUGUGGGACGCAGUGGUCGGAUUCCUGCAUGUUUUUGCAAACAUGCAAAUGAAACUGUCACAGGAUUCUAGUCAAAUCGAGUUAUUGAAAGAGCUGAUGGAUUUGCAGAAAGAUAUGGUGGUCAUGAUGUUAUCUCUUCUGGAGGGUAAUGUGGUGAAUGGAACUAUCGGUAAACAGAUGGUUGACACAUUAGUGGAGUCCUCCAGCAAUGUGGAAAUGAUCCUCAAGUUCUUCGACAUGUUCCUCAAACUGAAGGACCUCACUACAUCUGAUAACUUCAAGGAGUACGACCCAGAUCACAAAGGCGUUAUAUCCAAGAAGGAGUUUCACAAGUCUAUGGAUAGCCAAAAGCAAUACACACAGUCUGAGAUCGAGUUUCUUCUCUCCUGUGUGGAGGCAGAUGAAAAUGACAUGUUCAACUACAAGGAGUUUGUGGAACGCUUCCAUGAACCAGCCAAGGACAUCGGCUUCAACGUGGCUGUGCUUCUUACUAACCUAUCAGAGCACAUGCCUCACGACUCACACCUGUCCACAUUUUUAGACCUUGCUGAAAGCGUUCUCAAUUACUUUGAGCCAUACCUUGGCCGUAUUGAGAUCAUGGGGGGUGGCAAGAGGAUUGAGAGGGUUUACUUUGAGAUCAGCGAGUCUAGCAGAACCCAAUGGGAAAAGCCUCAGGUCAAAGAGUCCAAACGGCAGUUCAUCUUUGAUGUGGUCAAUGAAGGUGGUGAGAGUGAGAAGAUGGAGUUAUUUGUGAACUUCUGUGAGGACACCAUCUUUGAGAUGCAGUUGGCCUCUCAGAUCUCUGAGCCAGAUGCAGCAGAACGACCUGAGGAGGAGGAUGACGAGGAGUUGCACAGUCUGCUUGAAGGCUUGUCUGAGGAGGAAGAUGUCGAGUCGGCCUCGGCCUUCAUAGCGGCCUGCACCUCUGUGAAGAAGAGCAUGUCCGAUUUCCGUAAAAUGUUGACGUUUAAGAGUAUGAGGAAACAGUUUAAGAAAUUCAGGAAACUGACCAUCAGGGAAAUGAUCACAGGGUUCUUCUCCUUCUUCUGGAUGCUCUUCACCGGGUUCUUCAAAGGCAUUUUCAGCAUCAUCUUCGGGUUCUUCCAUAUUAUUUGGUCCUCCAUGUUUGGAGGGGGUUUCGUGGAGGGUGCUAAAAACAUGAAAGUGACAGAUAUCUUGGGUAACAUGCCUGAUCCAACACAGUUUGGGAUACAUGGUGAUGUACUGGAAGUAGAAAAAUCCGAGAGCAGUGAGUUGGUGGUGUCGGCAGAUAUGGUGCAGAUGACUGGUGCUGCUGCUGAGAAGCUGGAGGCAGAUAUGAUCAUGGAUCUACUUAAUCCAGCUGUGAAGAAGGAGGGGAAGCAUGGGGCGGAACCUGGUCUGGGUGAUGUCUGUGAAGUCCUGACAGAGUCUAGCACCCCUGUUGAGAAAAAGAAGAGCCAGAAAGUAGCAGCAGAGAAGCCAGAAUCCGAACCAGAGAAAGCUGACACUGAGAAUCAGGAGAAAGAAGACAAGGCUAAAGAGGAAACACCUGAGGAACCAGCAGCAGCGAAAGCAGCUCCAAGAGCCAAACGUGGCUCACCAAAGGAAGACUCUCCAGCAUUCAUGGCCAGCUUCUUUGCAGGGCUUGAAGUCUACAAAACCAAAAUGCUGAACUACCUGGCUCGUAAUUUCUACAACCUUCGCCUUCUGGCUCUGUUUGUGGCCUUUGCCAUCAACUUCAUCCUGCUCUUCUACAAGGUGACUGGAGAAUUCGAUGAUGAGGAAGAGGGAUCCUGGGGUGGUGAAGAGGAGGAAGGUGAUGAAGAUGAUGAAGGAAUGGAAUACUUCAUUCUUCAGGAGAGCACUGGCUACAUGGCACCCACAUUGACGUUCUUGGCUGUACUACACACGAUCAUCUCCUUACUCUGUGUCGUUGGAUAUUACUGCCUUAAGGUUCCUUUAGUCGUGUUCAAGAGGGAGAAGGAGAUCGCUAGGACGCUUGAGUUUGAUGGUUUGUAUAUUACAGAGCAGCCGUCUGAUGAUGACAUCAAAGGACAGUGGGAUCGUUUGGUCAUUGCAACUCCGUCCUUCCCUAACAAUUACUGGGACAAAUUUGUUAAGAGGAAGGUCAUCAAUAAAUAUGGUGACUUGUACGGGGCUGAACGCAUAGCUGAACUCCUGGGUCUGGAUAAGAGUGCUCUGGACUUUGAUCCCACUGAAGAAGCUGUGGUAAAGGAAGCCUCCCUGGUGUCCUGGUUGAGCUCAAUUGAUACCAAGUACCACAUCUGGAAAAUGGGGGUGGUGCUGACGGACAACUCUUACCUCUACCUGAUCUGGUACACCACCAUGUCUAUUUUGGGACAUUACAAUAACUUCUUCUUUGCCGCUCAUUUGCUGGACAUUGCCAUGGGCUUCAAGACCUUGAGGACCAUCCUCUCUUCUGUGACCCACAAUGGCAAACAGCUGGUGUUGACCGUGGGGCUCCUGGCGGUCGUGGUCUACCUGUACACAGUGGUGGCUUUUAACUUCUUCCGCAAGUUCUACAACAAGAGCGAGGAUGAGGAUGCGCCUGACAUGAAGUGUGAUGAUAUGAUGACUUGCUACCUGUUCCACAUGUACGUGGGUGUGAGAGCUGGCGGUGGCAUCGGUGAUGAAAUCGUGGACCCGGCCGGUGACCCAUACGAGCUCUACCGCAUUCUGUUUGACAUCACCUUCUUCUUCUUCGUUAUCGUCAUUCUGCUGGCCAUCAUUCAGGGUUUGAUCAUUGAUGCCUUCGGUGAGUUGAGAGACCAGCAGGAGCAGGUGAAAGAGGACAUGGAGACAAAAUGCUUCAUCUGUGGAAUUGGAAAUGACUACUUCGACACAACCCCGCAUGGCUUUGAGACCCAUACCUUACAAGAGCACAAUCUGGCCAACUAUUUAUUCUUUCUGAUGUAUCUUAUCAACAAAGACGAGACUGAAUACACUGGUCAGGAAUCGUAUGUUUGGAAGAUGUAUCAGGAGAGGUGCUGGGAUUUCUUCCCUGCUGGAGACUGUUUCCGGAAGCAAUACGAGGACCAGCUGGGCUAGAGGACACGUUGUCCUCAGUCCUAAUAUGAGAGAAACCACACACCCUAUAUGAGCUCCUAAUAUCCACACAGAUUUUAGGACUUUGUACAGGUUGGACACAACAUCCUCAACUAGCUCUCAUCAUAGGCUGCUCAAUAAUUCAUCCAAUCAGAAAAACCUCAAUCGUUUCUACACCAGAAAUGACAGUGACAUACUGAGAACUCAUUGUGAUCAAGCCAAAAAUGUGAACUCAAGUGCAAAAAAAAAAAGAAAAAAAAAAGAAAAAGGAAGAAAAAAAACGUAGCACACAUUGCCAAAUUAAGACACAAAGCCAUGUUUGAUUUAAAAAAAACACAUGGGAAAUAGCCUCAUUUGCUUAACUCACAAAUGCACACAAACUUGUGAGAUGAGAUGUUAACAUAUGUACGUUUUUGAUGUUGAAUGAAUGUCUACACAAAUAUGCACAAGAAUACCUUCUUAGUAUUCAAUGAGUGCCAAACACAAUUUAU